AUGCCCACCCCAGUUAUCGAUAUCAUCACCAUUACUUACCGAGAUCUCAAGGCCUCCCUUAUCAACCCGAACGACCUCAUUGGCGCAAUAGGUAUACUCCAAGAAGACCUAAGUGCCCUCAAGAUCCCAAGACCACCAAGGUCCAACAUCAGCAUUGUUGAGAAGGGUGUUUUACAGUUCUUCUGGGAGACAACAAGGGGAGGUACCCUCGACAAGCAUCUGAACGGCAAACUUGGUCCUCAUGCUUCCGUUGCGAGCCGGGCUUCUUUGGAAGAGACCCUUCCAAAUUUAUUAAUCGAAAGGAUAGAAUUCCGGGCGGAAUUACUGGCUUCAAACAGAACAACGCGCUCACGAAAUCAAGGUUUGCAGGCGCAGACGACGGUGACAGGUGGAAAACCGUUGAGACAACAGCUUACCGAUCAACAUACUGAAAACAGCGACGAUCCGGACCCGUAUCUCAGUCAGGCUCGCCAGUUUCUGGAGCAUUUAGAGAGUAGGAUACAAGUACUAGCAGAAACGGCUUCGCCUAGUCCUCCCUCCAGUGCUUUAGCUUCCAAUCAUUGGUCUCAUCCGCGGACGUCUAAAGAAGGGCUACACCACGCACCAUCAGCAUCGCUCAUACCCACUCCACUCAACAUUCCACCCGCUAUGGAACAUGAACAUGAGGCACGAGUCUCGGUUUCGGCGCCUGGCCAUGUACAUUCACGAUCGCCCGAACAACAUACGGAUCCCAUAUCUCGUUCCCGACAAGAAACAGACCAGAGAAUUAGCCAGCUGACGGCCGAACUUGAGGAGGUCCGGAAACGACUUGCCACUGAACUAGCAAGAGAGACUGUUAUCAUUCACCAUUUAACUCGGUUGUCGGCGACUGUUCCUACCCGUCCGGAGAUCCUUGUACCUCACUCUUCCUCAAGUAGCAACACGCCGGCUAGCGGUGACUUUGCCACGGUGAAAGCCAUCGAAGCACGCCUUGAAUUCGCUGAGAAACAGCUGGAGGAAGAGCGAGGGAGACGGAAAGCUAUUGAAGAUUCGUUAAAAGACGUUCAACGGGAAUGCAGGGAACCGUUUGUGGUCCCUGCACUACUGGAUGCGUUUCUCAAGAUUUCCACUCUUUCAUCGGAGGUUAUUUGA